AUGGCAAUUCAACAUUUUUAUAGAAAACCAGCUCUUUCAGAGUAUCAAGUUCAAUUAUUAAAAGAAAAUUUAAAAAAACAAUAUAAUAUUUCAAUAGAAUCAAUCGAAACUGAAUAUUGUUUUAAUGUUGAAUAUAGCGAUAAUUAUAAAUUAAAUGAACAAGAACUAAAAACAUUGGUAUGGUUGUUAUCAGAAACAUUCGAACCAGAGAACUUUUCAAUAAAUGUUUCAUUUUUAGACAAUAUAAAUAAUAAUAAACACAGUGGUAAUGGUCAAAUUGUCGAAGUUGGUCCACGUAUGAAUUUUACAACAACCUAUUCAACUAAUGCUACUUCAAUUUGCCAAUCAUGUAAUUUAAGUGCUGUCAAAAGAAUUGAACGUUCAAGACGUUAUUUAAUUAGAACUAUAAGUGAUUCAGGUAAAAUGGAUGAAGCUCAAUUACAACAAUUCAUCGACUCUAUUCACGACAAAAUGACAGAAUGUUACUAUGGUGCCCCAAUUGAAUCUUUUGAUACCGGUAUAACCCCAAAGCCUUUUACUCAUAUCCCAGUCAUGGAGGAAGGCCGUGCUGCUUUAGAAAGAAUUAAUGUUGAAAUGGGUUUGGCUUUUGAUGACCAAGAUUUAGCUCUUUACACCGAUCUUUUCCAAAAUUAUUUAAAACGUAAUCCAAGUGAUGUUGAAUGCUUUGAUAUUGGUCAAUCAAAUAGUGAACAUUCAAGACAUUGGUUUUUUAAUGGUAAUUUAAUUAUUGAUGGUAAAAAAUCAGAUAAAACAUUAUUCCAAAUUGUUAAAGAUACAUUAAAAGCAAAUCCACAAAACUCAUUAAUUGCAUUUUCAGAUAAUUCAAGUAGUAUUAAAGGUUUUGAAACUAAAGUUUUAGUACCAAAAUCACCAGUUCAAGCAUCUGAAUACAUUGAAGGCCAAAGAGAUCAACCAAUUAUUUUCACAGCUGAAACACAUAAUUUCCCAUCAGGUGUUGCACCAUUCCCAGGAGCUGAAACAGGUACUGGUGGUAGACUCAGAGAUACACAUGCUACAGGUAGAGGUUCAUUAGUUGUUGCAGGUACAGUUGGUUAUUGUGUUGGUAAUUUAAAUAUUCCAGGUUACGAAUUACCAUGGGAAGAUAAAAACUAUCAAUACCCAUUCAAUUUAGCUACCCCAUUGAAAAUUGAAAUUGAGGCCUCAAAUGGUGCUUCAGAUUAUGGUAACAAAUUUGGUGAACCAGUUAUUAUUGGUUUCACCCGUUCAUAUGGUAACACUUUACCAAAUGGUGAAAGAAGAGAAUGGAUCAAGCCAAUCAUGUUUUCAGGUGGUAUCGGUUUCAUGGAUUCACGUCAUUUAAAGAAAGAGCAACCAGAGGUUGGUAUGGUCGUUGUUAAAGCUGGUGGCCCAGCUUAUAGAAUUGGUAUGGGUGGUGGUUCUGCAUCAUCAAUGGUCGGUGGUGACAAUAAACAAGAAUUAGAUUUCUCUGCAGUCCAAAGAGGGGAUGCUGAAAUGGGUCAAAAAUUAAAUAGAAUUAUUAGAGGCUGUGUUGAAUCUGAAAUCCAUGGUCAAAAGAACCCAAUUGUUAGUGUCCACGAUCAAGGUGCUGGUGGUGCUGGUAAUGUUUUAAAGGAAAUUGCUGAUCCACUUGGUGCUAAAAUUUAUUUAGAUCGUUUCAAUUUAGGUGAUCCAACAUUAUCAGCCAUGGAAAUUUGGGGUGCUGAAUAUCAAGAACAAGAUGCCAUUCUCAUUAAACAACAAGAUAAAGAAUAUCUCGAAAAAAUUUCAAAGAGAGAAAGACUUCCAAUUGCUUUUGUUGGUGAUGUUACCGGUGAUGGUUAUGCUCAAUUAAUUACUAAAGAUGGUGAAACCCCAGUUAAUUUACCAUUAGAAAAAGUUUUACAAAAAAUGCCACCAAAAACCUUUAUUCUUGAACGUGUUAACAAAACUUUACAACCAUUUGCAUUACCAAGCGAAAUAUUACAAAACAAACAAUCUGCAUUCAAUGAAUCAUUGGAUAGAGUAUUAAAAUUACUUUCAGUUGGUUCAAAACGUUUCCUCAUUAAUAAAGUUGAUAGAGCCGUUACUGGUUUAGUUGCUAGACAACAAGCAUGUGGUCCACUUCAUUGUCCAGUUUCAAAUGUUGCCGUUAUUGCAUCUAGUUAUUUCAGCAAAACCGGUGCUGCUACUUCAAUUGGUGAACAACCAAUCAAAGGUUUCCUUUCAGCUAAAUCAAUGGCUUAUUUAACUGUUGGUGAAGCUUUAACCAAUCUUAUGUGGGCAAGUAUUACCGAUUUAAGUGAUGUUAAAUGUAGCGGUAAUUGGAUGUGGGCUGCUAAACUCAAAGGUGAAGGCUCAGAACUUUAUGAUGCUGCUGUCGAAAUGCAUGAUGCCAUGGUAGAACUUGGAAUUGCUAUCGAUGGUGGUAAAGACUCACUUUCAAUGGCCGCAAAAGCUCCAAAGAUUGAUGGUACCCAAGAACUUGUUAAGGCACCAGGAGCUUUAGUAGUUUCAACUUAUGUUCCAUGUGACGAUGUUACUCUUACAAUAACUCCAGAUCUCAAAUUAUCAUCAGCUGAUGACAGUGCUAUCAUUUAUUUAGAUUUAGGUUGUGGAAAUAAUUUCAUUGGUGGCUCAGCACUCACUCAAGUCUAUAGUCAAAUCGGUAAUGACCAACCACAUCACGAUACCAAAUUAAUUAAAAAUACUUUUUGUGCUGUUCAAAAACUCGUCAAAUCAAAACUCUUAUCAGCAGGUCACGAUAGAAGUGAUGGUGGUUUAAUUACUACCCUCGUUGAAAUGUCAUUAUCAGGUAACAGAGGUAUGAAUAUUGACUUACCAAAAGAAUUAUGUAAUGGUGCCAGUGAUACAAUGGAUAUUAUUAAAUUAUUAUUCUCUGAAGAAUUAGGUGCUGUCAUUGAAGUUAAAAAAUCAAAUGUUAAACAAGUCCAAGAAAUUUUACAAUCAUUUAAUGUUCCAAACUAUAUUAUUGGUAAUACUGCCUGUGGUAACUCUGCCAAUGAAGAUCACUUUAUUCUCAAAGUUAAUGGUCAAUUAAUUUAUGAUAUUUCAUUACCAGAACUCUGCAGAAAAUGGGAAGAAACAAGUUAUCAAUUAGAAUUAUUACAAGCCAAUCCAGCUUUUAUUCAAAAUGAAAUGAAGAAUCUUAUUAAAAGAGCUGUUGGUAAAGGUAAAGGUCCAAACUAUAAUAUGACUUUUAAUAUUUCACCAGUUAGUUCAGAAUUAGCUUUAUUAGCCUCAAAAGCACCAAAAGUUGCAAUCAUUAGAGAAGAAGGUUCAAAUGGUGAUAGAGAAAUGGCAGCAGCUUUUCAUUUUGCAGGUUUCCAAUCAUAUGAUGUUGCAAUGUCAGAUUUAUUAAAUGGUAAUAUUAUUUUAGAUGAAAGAUUUAAAGGUGUAGCUUUUGUUGGUGGUUUCAGUUAUAGUGAUGUUAUGGAUUCAGCUAAGGGUUGGGCAGGUUCAAUUCUUUUCAAUCCAACAGUUUCAAAACAAUUCGAAUCAUUCUAUCAAAGACCAGAUACAUUCUCAUUAGGUCUUUGCAAUGGUUGUCAAUUAAUGGCCCUUCUUGGUUGGGUUCCAUUCAGAGGUAUUGAACAAACCAAACAACCACGUUUCAUCCACAAUGCUUCUGGUCGUUUCGAAUCAAGAUGGGUUAACGUUAAAAUUCUUCAAAGUAAUUCAGUUUUAUUAAAAGGUAUGGAGGGUUCAGUAUUAGGUGUUUGGGCUCAACAUGGUGAAGGUAAAUUAUGGUGUGAAGAUCAAUCAAUCAUUGACGAAAUUAAUAAAAACAAUUUAUCACCAAUCCGUUAUGUUGAUGAUAAUGGUGAAAUCACUGAAAGUUACCCAUUCAAUCCAUCAGGUACCCAAAAUGGUAUGGGCUCUUUGGUUUCUAAAGACGGUAGACAUUUAGCUAUGAUGCCACAUCCAGAACGUUCAUUCCUCUCAUGGCAAUGGCCACACGUGCCAGAUAACAUUAAACAAAAUAUUGCUUCAGAUGUUAAUCAACAAAGUCCAUGGAUGAAGAUUUUCCAAAACGCUAAACAAUUUUGUGAUUCAAAUUAA